UUGUUUUCGUAUUAGUCAAAAUUGAGAAAUAAUGAAAAAUCAUUUAAAUUGACACAUAGUUUAUAAAGUUUAACCUUAUAUUUUUAUUUUCUCUUGUAUCAAGGAUUUAAUUGAAUUAAUCAGUACUAUUUAAACGACUGGAAUUAUUGUUGUCGAUUCGUACUUUGUUAUUUUCAACCACGUACUUUACACUAUUCGUCCCGGUUAAACUAAUUGAUAAAUUGUAUAAAAGAAACAAUCGUUCACAAAAUUGAACAUCGACUGGAUUUGAUAAAAUAUAAAAUAUUGCCUUGAAGGUGGGGAUAAUCAAAGUUCAUCUUCACGAACUAUUUAUAAUGAGGUCAUUUCCGUAAAUUCAAGAAACCUUCUAGCGAUUACUUUACAUUUACCAUGGCGACAAAGGAUGUGGAUAAUGAAGGCAUUUCAGAGGAAGACCGACCGUACACACCGGAAGACUUGCUUAAAAUAAUAAAUGCGCCGUCUGGCGGACUUUCCAUGUUGCCGUCUGAUGCAUACAAUGAAGUAUAUCCGAAUAUUCUGCUUGGAGAAGAAUCUAUAGCAAAACAGCGUGUACAACUCCAAAAACUUGGUGUUACUCACGUGCUAAAUACAGCAGAAGGUAAAGAUGAUGGCUAUCACGUGCACACGAAUCACGUGAUGUAUCGUAAGGUUAAUAUAGAAUAUUUGGGAAUACCAGCCACAGAUAUGAUGAGUUUUAAUUUGUCGAAAUACUUCAAUAAAUGUGCAGAUUACAUUGAGGAUGCAUUAUCAAAUGGAGGUAAGAUACUUGUAAACUGUAAAGUAGGAGCCAGUCGAUCUGCCACCAUUGUGUUAGCGUUCCUAAUGUUGAAACGCCACCUACCUGUCCAAGAUGCAGUGCGUCUUGUAAGAAAAGAGCGGGAAAUUUGUCCGAAUGACGGCUUCUUGCAACAGCUUUGUGAUUUAAACGAAAUUUUAAAGAAAAAAGGACAUUUUAAAUGCACUGAAGAGAUACGAUAAUUGGAUAUACUGAAUUAUAACUUUGCUGGACGCUGAAUUUAUGUUUUUAAACUCUGGUACCUUUCAGAUCCCAUAAUACCUGUGAUACUGGAAAACAAAGUACUUUCGUGUAUUUUUUAUAUUUACAGUGAAAUUGAUUUUUCAUUUGAAGACAGAUCAAGCUUCCGUCCAUCCCUGUUGUAAAUUUAUCAUGUUGUAUAUAACACUUUUUAUGCCCCCUUCGAAGAAGAUGGGUAUAUUGUCUGUUUGUCGUCGGUAGACCACAUGGUUUCCGCUGAUUAUCUUAAAAAAUAUCUAUCACAAAGUGUUCAUAUUACACAUACUGAUUGAUCAUAACUGGUAGAUGACCACUAUUGAUUUUAGGGUCACUAGGUCAAAGGUCAAGGUCACAGGAUCCUUAAAUAUCAGAAUGAUUUCCGCAUAUUAUCUUGAAAACGAUCCAUCACAAAGUAUUUAUAUUUCACACACUGAUUGGUUAUAACUAGUAGAUGACCUCUAUUGAUUUUGGGAUCACUAGGUCAACGGUCAAGGUCACAGGGACCUUAAAUGUUAGAAUGGUGUCUGCUCAUCUUGAAAGCUAUUUAUAACAAAGUCUUCGUAUUUCACAUAUUGAUUGGUCAUAACUAGUUAAUGACCCCUAUUGAUUUUGAGGUCACUAGGUCAAAAGUCAAGGUAACAAGGGCCUUGAAUGGUAGUAUGGUUUGCGCUCAUUAUCUUGAAAGCUUUAUAUCACAAAGUCUUCAUAUUUCACAUAAUGAUUGAUCGUAACUAGAAGAUGUUCACUUUUGAUUUUGGGGUCAAUAGUUCAAUAUCAAGGUCACAUUUGUGCAAUUUUCUCUUGUCUUUCAUUUCAUCGUUCAGACGCUUGCUGUUUAAUCUUUCAUCAAUCAGAAUUAUUAUUUCGUUUGUAAACUUAGUAUGAAGACUGUUUCGAAUAACUUUGUUCAAUCUCUGUUCGUCUAAAUGUAUGGAGGCUUAUUUUUUCCACCUAACAUCUGCAACCCGUGGUACUGAAAUCUGGAUUAACUGAAUAUACUAUGGCGCAAGAGACGUUCACAAGCCGAAAAAUAAUAUCUUAACUUUUUUCUUUUAUCGGAGAGAAAUUACUCUAAAUAGCAAAUGUAAUAAAACAACUGUUUUGUU